GGGAUUGUCACAGGGAGGAAAGAGCUGCUCCUUUGUAGUGUGUGUGUGUUAGUGUGUGUGAGGGGUACUUUAACUAAGGAACAUAGGCGAGGACACACUGUAUAAACCUACAGUAUGAGCAGAACCACCUUCUUUGAGCGGAACAUCAGAAGAACUCGGAACAUCAGAAGAAUCACCGUGGAGGUUCUAGAUGGCAGGACCAGGCAACAGCUGUGUUUUCUAGAUAAGGUGGAGCCCCACGUUACAAUAGGAGACAUCAAGAGACUUUUUCACAAGUCAUAUCAACAGUUGUAUCCAGCCAGACAGGACCUCAAGCUCGACCCCAAAGGAAAAUCACUUAAGGACGACGCUGUAUUACAAAACCUACCAGUUGGGACCACAGCAACCAUGUAUUUUAGAGACCUGGGUCCACAGAUCGGGUGGACAAUGGUGUUUUUGGCGGAGUACAUUGGCCCCCUGUUUAUCUACCUUCUGUUCUAUUUCCGACUUCCCUAUAUCUACUCACAGCAGGAUGCCUUCACCUCCAGCUCCAACUCAGUGGUUACACUAGCCUGUGCCUGUCACACCUGCCACUACAUCAAGAGAUUGAUUGAGACCGUCUUUGUGCACCGGUUCUCCCAUGGCACCGUGCCUCUCAGGACUACAGUCAGGAGCUGUGUGUAUUACUGGACCUUCUCUGCGUGGUUGGCCUUCUACAUCAACCAUCCGCUGUACACGCCUCCAUCGUAUGGGGACAUGCAGGUGAACUACGCACUGGCUAUAUUUGUGCUUUGUGAGGCUGGUAAUUUCUCCAUUCACGUGGCCCUCAAUAACCUCAAGGCAGAAGGUGGGCCCAAGUGCAGAAAGUUCCCUCGCCCGACGAAGAACCCAUUCACAUGGCUCUUCUUCCUCGUGUCUUGUCCCAAUUAUACCUACGAGGUAGGAGCCUGGGCAAGUUUCUCUGUCAUGACCCAGUGUCUUCCAGUGGCCUUGUUCACCUUCUUUGGUUUGAUCCAGAUGACCAUCUGGGCCAAUGGGAAGCAUAAAGCCUACACCAGGGAGUUUAAGGACUACCCACACCUGCGCAUGCCAAUUAUCCCACUCCUCCUCUGACCACACGAGAAAACGUAUACCAUUCUGACUGAGGAGUAUUAGAGGCAUCAACCUGCCGGAAACGCUGUUGGAGAUUGGUGGGUUUCUGUAUUUCUCACAAAGCACGAAGACCCCAUUGGCUGUUCCUUCAUCUAGCGUCAUGGCAAUGGUCUGUUAUCUUUUCAACAACUAUCAAGGACAGAAUUCACAGAAAGUAUUGUGUCAUCACUGUUGUGGAUUGUGUAUUGAUUAUGUUUAAUUCAAUCUUUGAGACACAGCUAUAUUGAUAAGUUAUUUAAUUGAUUUAUUUAACCGAUCAGGGGGAUUGAUUGACUGUUACAAUGCAGCUACUGAAGGGUCAGGUGCUGUUGGUAUUCUUCGUCUUCAGACGGUGGAAAUCACCCGAAAUUAUUAAAUUAUGAAUAUACGAUUGGAGUUACAGUAUAUAUAAUCUACCAUAUGAUUUUGUAAUAAGUUAUUGUGCAUUUCCUAGAAGAAAAGAGUUUGUAACUUGCUACGAUAUACCCGUUUAGGAAGUCGUCUUGUAACAACAUUUGUUGCGGCUGAAGUGUAUCAGGGCUAUUUUCAGUUUACAGAGUAAGUAGAGAAGGGGAAAUGGAAUCGGUUAACUAAGAAGUGAUCUAGAAGCAACGAAGAAAUGGAACUUUAGCAGAUGUUCUAAAUUCUAAAUUAGAUUCUUUUCCACCUCUACAUAUGUUUGAAAGUAACAAAACGACCUGAUGAUUUUAACUUUGGGAGAAAGUUGAGGCUGAUUUAGUUAUGCAUUACUUAUCUAUCGUUCAAACUAACUACAAUCCGUCCAGUUCUCAGGUGUUACUAGAUGUAAGGGGCACCGUUGCAUCCUGUACAAAUUCUAGACAAACUAAAUUAUAGACAAACUCAUUUUUUCGACAAACUUGUUUUGUACACAAAGUGUACAUAUGAAAUAAAUAAUUGUGAUCAUUUAAAAAGACAAGUCUUUUAUCUUAAAGAAGAGUCGUGCAUAUUUCGCAAAGAAUCAAUCAUUGUUACAGAAAAUAUUUAUUCGAAAUUAUUAUCUCAGACAAUUCAAGAAUCUCUCAUUUGCAUACAAAUCAGUUAUCUGGCAUAUGCAUAAAAAUUGUAUGCACAGAAGAAAGCUUCAUGUUUAAACAGUACAUAUAGGCUUACAAAAUCGCACCAUCAUUUAAAUAAUGAAUUCAAUGAGCAACAAAUGCUUUUAACAGUCAUUUUGGCCAGUGUAUUAGGUACACCGCCCAGUUCACACAAAUAUUUAGAUCCUACAGACAGUGAGUCACGUGGCCUACUAUAUAAAGCAGGCAUCAAGGCAUUCAGUUACUGUUUGAUUGAACGUUAGAAUGGGCAAAACGAGUGACCUAAGCGACUU